UCAAAAGAAAAACAAACAUUUUGUUAUACCAAUGGCUUACAUAAGCUUACUUGAUGUCUUCAUAGCUUUCCUUAUCUUUAUCCUUUUCCAUUUCUUGAUUCACAAGAAAACGCAUAAAAUCUUCCCUAGAAACUGGCCCGUUCUUGGGAUGCUUCCUGGUGUGCUCCUCAAGCUUCACAAGAUCAAUGGCUAUCUUGUGGAAGUUCUCGAAGUCUCCAACUUAACCUUUGUAUUCAAAGGCCCUUGGUUCUCUGGAAUGAACAUGUUGAUCACUGCAGAUCCUGCAAACGUUCAACACGUCUUCAGUUCCAACUUCUCUAAUUAUGACAAAGGAUCAGAGUUCAAAGAGAUGUUUGAUUUUCUUGGAGAAGGAAUCUUCACUGCUGACUCCAAACUCUGGGAGGAGAUGAGGAGAUCAUCAAUGGUCAUGCUUAGCCAUCAAGGGUUUCAAAGCUUCUCACUAAAGACCAUUGCUAGUAAAAUCAAGAACGGGCUUGUUCCAGUUCUUGAUCAUUUUGCAAAGGAGAAUAUGGUUUUCGAUUUACAAGACGUGUUCCAGAGGUUAGCAUUCGACGUGACCCUUACUCUAGUAACGGGUUACGAUUCUAACUCUCUUUCCAUUGAAAUGCCGAAGAAUGAGUAUGCAAAAGCUAUGGAUGAUGCUGAAGAAGUGGUUGUGGUUAGACAUGUUAAGCCUAUCUUCUUGUGGAAACUACAAAACUGGCUUGGACUUGGAGAAGAGAAGAAGAUGACACAAGCUAAUGCUGCUUUUGAUAGAUCUUGUGCAAAGUAUAUAUCUGCAAAGAGAGAGGAGAUUAUGAGCCAGAAGAUUCAUCAACACUCCAUUAUUGGAGAAAACGCUCAUGAUGAGGAUUUAUUAAAAUUCUAUAUGAAUCUUGAUACCUCUAAGUAUGAGCUCUUAAACCCAAAAGACGAUAGCUUCCUCAAAGACAUCAUCAAGAGUUUCAUGCUUGCUGGAAGAGACGCCAUUGCAACAACUCUCACUUGGUUCUUCUGGCUUCUCUCCAAUAACCCUGAAGCUUUGACCAAGAUCCGUCAAGAGAUCAACACAUAUCUGCCAAGAUCCUCAGACAAGAGUUUAGACCAAGACAAGUUAAGCAAGAUGGUGUAUUUACAUGGUGCAUUGUGUGAAGCAUUAAGGCUCUACGCUCCUAUACCGUUCGAGCGAAAGUCUCCUAUACAGAAAGAUGUGCUUCCAAGUGGACACAAGGUCGAUGCAAAGUGGAAGAUCUUGUUCUCAGUCUAUGCGUUGGGGAGAAUGAAAGCCGUGUGGGGAGAGGACGCGUCUGAGUUUAAACCAGAGAGAUGGAUCUCUGAGAGAAAUGGAGGCUUAAAACAUGAACCAUCUUUCAAGUUCUUUGUGUUUAACUCUGGCCCAAGAAAUUGCUUGGGGAAAAAAUUGUCUUUCUUGCAGAUGAAGAUAGUAGCUGCUGAGAUCAUACAAAACUAUGACAUCAAGGUCGUUGAAGGGCACAAGAUCGAGCCAGCUUCUUCCAUAGUCCUUCACAUGAAACAUGGUCUCAAAGUCGAAGUUGCUAAGAGAAGCUUGGUUUCAUAAACUGAAAUUACAAUAAGUGACCUGCUUGAAAUCAAUCAUCCCCUAUAGAUCCCUAUAUACUAAAGCACAAGUCACUUGACCACUAAAAAUCUGACAAGUGGAAAAUGUUUUAAAAAUUUGAUAAAAUAAAAUUUAAUCCCUAAAUUUUCUCACAUGAUAACUCCCACGUUCAUAAAAUUACAAUAUAAAACUGUUUUAUCUUUUUGAAGGAAAUAUUUUAUUCCAUAAAAGUUCAAUAGAAAAAAUAUAAAGCGAUGGAUAAUAAGAAAGAUAGAGGAAGAAGAAGAGAGUUUCAAAACUUGAAUUUUCAAUAGGAGUUUGGAGAAUCAACGCUUUGCCAGCAAUGAAGAAAAAAAAAAGAAACAUAAAAGGAAGAAGACAAAAGACAAACAGACAAACAGACUUCCUCUGCAACAAACUUAGAACAAAAGAAGAACCGUAAACAAUCUAAAAACAAAUGAAUCACAUCCCAUGAUUAGCAAAUGAUGUGAUGCAACUCCACCGAGAAAAAAGCAUCAACCGUUAUGACUGCAAAUCGGGUACUUACAGAUUUGUUUGAUUGAGUUAGAUCAUUCUUUCACAUGUCAUGGGGAAGGAUGGAUGAUGGAGAAGUUUAAUGGAGACAGUUUCUCACUAUUAAAGAGAUAUGGGUAUUGCGGAAUUGCCCAUCAUUUAAAUCUAUUUAUAUAAAGUUAAGUUUGCUCUCUCCUGAGCCUAUCCACCUAGGAUGCCACGCUGGAAACUCAUUGUCCCUGCACUUGACACGUGUCCUGAUUAUUGAAACGCAGAGCUUCGUCUUUGGUCGUCUCUUCAAUUGGGUUUCGCCUCGCGCUCUCUCCGUGGUGGUGCGCAUCUUCGUUGGACGAUCCAGUUUCUGUAACGAUAACCGCUGUGAUUAAUCGUCUUAAAUCCUCUUAAUUUGUGAGUCCACUACGCGGCUUUCAUUUGCGCUGAACGUCGGAGAAAUCAAGUAUAAAUAUGUCUCGAUCUUUCCUCUCCUAAUCGCGCUCUCCACAUCUCUCUUAUAAUCAUCUCGCUCAUAUUCAUAUCUCUGCGAUCAUCUCUCAUUCCAGGGGUCAUCAGCUUCUUCCCUUGGCCGUCGUCCUCAAUCCGUAAACACCAACGUUCCUCUCUGAUUUGAAGUCCGACCGCUGAUCUUCCACCGUCCAAAUGUCGAAGGAAGGCGAAGUGAUGUUGAGGAUAGCUAUGUCGGCUUUCAGGGCUUAAUAAGAGGAGACCGAGAAGAAGAAGAUGGAGGUUUGGAAAAGGAUUUACCUCAGCUUUGUUGUGUCGAAAAAGAGCCCGAGCAAUUGGUAUAUCUUUUUUGCUGACAAAGUAGAGAUCAAAGAUAUCACCAAUCAAACUUGCUUAUUUGCUUUAGCAGGACCCGGAAUGUAACAAAAUUAUGUAUAAACUGAAUCUGGGAGAUCUUAUCGGGCAGCCAUAUGGCAAACAUAAGCAUUAUAGUUUCGAUGGAAUGCCGAUUACAGUGGGGUCGGGAGUCUUAUUUCAGAUGAAGGCUUUACAAUGUUAAUGUCACCUGGUGGUGCUGUUUCAGUCUGGAAGACUCUUCUCCCUGAUGGUGCCGUUCCAAUGGGUUCUGAGGCCUGGGAGAAACUUAGAGUCAUUCAAGGAAGACCAGCAACUGAGAGAGAACUCAGCAAGGAAUUCAAUGUUCCGGAAGUGGGUCUAUGGAACUCAGUCUCUUUGAACAAAGACUUCCCAGGAUGUUAUAAGGGGCAGGAGACUAUCGUAAGACUUAUAACUUAUGUCGGAAUCAAACAAAGGUUGUGUGGACUUGAGUUCUCUGCACAAGCAGAACCCGGCAGCACCAUCACAUUCGACGGGAAAAGGU